AUGAGUGACGCCGAAGAAGAGCAAAGCCCGAAGCCGCGGUUCUGGCUGGAGUUCCGCACGUUUGACGAUGGGCUGUCGUCGCCCGCGGCCGGAACGACGGUGACGCCGACGCUCACCGCAUUUCCCCGGUUCGCGAUGCUCCCUCCAGAGCUGCGCUUAAGAAUCUGGGCUUGCCUGAUCCAGCCGCGCACCAUCGUCGCAUGCUGUCUCCAGUGCGACGAGCGGUUGCCUGAGCGGCGGCGAGAACUGGACGAGCGGACACACGGCGAUGCGGUCCCAGUGCUGCUGCAGAUUAACCGCGAGUCGCGGUACCUGGCGCUGCAGCACUACGAGCUGUCAUUUAGCUGGCGCAUCUCGAAGCUAUUGUCAGACACACCCGUGUCGCGUCCGGCGCGUGUGUGGUUCAACUUUGCGCUGGAUACCAUCUAUCUGAGGGGGGAGCUGGAGGCAUACGACUCGUACGGCUUCAACUCACCGAUGGUGUACUUUAUGCGGCGAGAGGACACUCGGCGGGUGCGGCACGUCGCUUGCGCAUUCGGGGAGUUGGGCUAUCCGCAGCAGGAGAGUGACCAAAUCUUCGGAUGUCUCUGGCACGUCGUGGAUGGGUUCGCCUCCGUGGAGCGGCUGCUGCUGACGGUGGAUGACGGGGAUGAGGAGGACUUGCGGGGGAGCAAGUUGAUGAGCAGGGAUAACGUGAUGCAGAAGAUCUGGAACGGUUGGUUGGGCGGGUCGAUGAAGAUGGCGGACAAGCAGAUGGUGUUGAUAAGGGAGGAGGAUCUGGCCGGCUUCGUGGCGAGCCAUUGA